AUGGCGAAAGGUAGUAACAAGUCCGCACAGUUAUCGCCUCCCUCUCGUAGAUCCACUUGGCUAGCUUUGUUAGCUCUGAAAAAAGAAACUAAGAAGGGAUCAUUCCUGGACUAUCUGCUGCGUUCAUCCAGAAUGCCAUCCGUCAUACAAAACCAAUCGACAGCUGCGAUAACCGCUGAUGCCAAACUAGCAGCACAAGGUGCACAAGAUGGGAUGCCGCACAUCAAUCCUCCCUACAUCAGAAGAAAAUCCGCACGUAUCAGUACCGGCAGUAUCAGGGCAAAGAUGUUACACGUCACUCCACCAGACGCGACUCAGCAAGCAAGCGACUCAGCAAGCGAACAAGUGAACCAUGGCAAGGAAGUAACCAGGAGUGAGGGUACCAGAAGCAGAGACGAUAUGCAAUACACGAUGGAUCAACAGGUCAACAAGGAGAAGAGAGGUCCGGAGAACAUGGAGAAGAACGGAGGGUACAGAAUCUGA